GGCUGCCCCGUGCUCGCCCCGCCGCCCCGCGACACCCCACGCUGCCAGAAACGCGCGGCCCGCGACCACCCCCGCCCCCACCCUCCCGCCGCAGCGCAGCCGCCGGCCCCGGGAACCUCGUCACGUGCGUUCAGGCCGCCGAGCAGGUCUGCUGGGUUUCCUCGUUCCGGUGGCCCUUCAGCCUUUCCGAAGAUAAGGGGAAUAAAGAAGCCACCUCCCCAGCUGUCAUCAUCUGGCAGCAGAUUGAGCAAGAGUAUUCUGAGUACUGCGGAGAAGACAACCCAUCAAACCCCAGAUGAUGAGCAACCCCGUGAGGUCUUCAAGACAAGGAAUAGGAUGAGGGACUGUCAUCAGAAAAGCAGCAGUAUAGAUGCUGGCUUAUCUUGGAAUCAAGUUGAGCAUUCAAAGGCUUCUUCGGGGAAAAGGCCAAGUAGACGGCAAGGACCCCAUGUGUCUUCCCAGCUGAGGAGCAGCCUCCUUGGAAUCUCCCAGCCAGCAGCAGAUAAACUUGUGGAAACCGUUCCUGCUGUUCCUGCUGAGGGAAGACAGGAGGAGCGAGCUGCACUUAGCUCCAGGUAUCAGGCUGCCUCUGGGAGCAAGCUGUUUCUUGAUUUCCACUCAGUGGAGAUCAUUAAGGGGGGCGCUGAUGAGGACAGUGCCAGUGACCUGUCAGACUCAGAAAGAGUGGCCAUUCCCCCUUCUCCAUUCACGCCUCCAGACCUCAACCUCAGAGCCGAAGAGAUAGACCCGGUUUCCUUCAGUCUUCACCCAGAGCCGAGCCAGGCAGAGUCUGGACACUCUUACCCUGACUUUCUUCCGCCUCCCUUCAAUUCCUGGGACCUGAGGGACAUGGCUGUUGUUCUGAACACAGAGUGUCGGAGUGAGGCCCUACCUCGGGCCACGGGAUUCCUUGGGAAAUACAUAGACAGACUUCUUCAACUAGAGUGGCUGCAAGUCCAGACUGUGCAGUGUGAGAAGGCCCGAGCCGCCAAGGUCAAGGCCCCUGGUGCCUCUGGGGUGCUGAAAAGCCCUGGACGGGGUAAGCUCCUCACCAGUGUCCUGUCUAAGCCCUUAUCAUCCCCAGAAGGGAUUUCAAAGUCAGGCCCUUCUCGAAGGAAAGGUUUUCGCCAUGAAGAAGCCCACCCAUCCUACUAUGCAUUUGAGACUUUGCCUAACUCUGUGGAUGGGCCUAGUCGGCCCAGGCUGUGUUCCCAGAAGCAAGCCCCUGAGUUGAGGAUGGAGAAGAAGAAGAAAUCAAGUAAGGGCCCCAAGCUUCAGCUCCGUGCUCCACCCUGCACCGAGGGCAACUCUGCAAUGGAAGCCAACGGCAACAUCCGAAUUCCCAAGCAAUCUGCAGUGCUUCUGGACCAGAUGGAUUCCUAUAGGGCCUCCAGGACACAGGCUCAUGUGGACCUGAAGAAAAAGGGGAGUGCAAAUAACUGUGGUUAUGCCCCUUCCUCCAGUGAGAAAAAACUCAAAACGAACGGAACCAAGCAAAGCAUGUAUAAGUUAAAGUGACCCCUGAGGUAAAGAAUUGUAAAGACCUGCAGAUGUCUAAAAAACAGGAGCUCUUCCCAACGUGGUGGAGAGCUUGAACCCAUGUGUGGUAACUAACUCAAGCUGGCUCUCCGUUACCACAGCCCGCCUCAACAGUUACUUUCUGAGGUCUCAGUAAGGCUUAGUAAGCUGUUCUUUGUAUAGACAGUCUUAAGCUUUCGAGGGCUGUGUAGGUAAAAAUUAACUCAUGUGUCUGUGACACAAAGGAUUGAAGCAGCAGUGCCAGGCAGCCAGUGUAGACCAGUUCAAGUGUCCCUGUCUCUGUAGUGUGGGAAACAGUGUGUGCUGCUUUAAGAAAGAAACCCUAGUGUGUGGUGGAAGAAAGGCCCUGCUGGCUCACUGCCUUUUGCUUUUGCAUAAACCCUCAAGCAGAGUUUCUGUCUGUUGUCUGUCGUCCCAUCCCAUCCCCCCCUGCCUCAAUUCCACUCCAGUUAGGGAGCACCUCUAUUUUAAGGGUCAUUUAUCUGAAGCAGUUCCUUGCCAGAGGCAGUCAUCUGGAUCUCCUAUCUGAUGCAUUUUAAAAGACAUUUUAAGUCCAGGGGUAGUGCUCUAGCACAUUUCUGAGUUCUCUUAACUGAAGUUAACAUCAUUUGUGGAUUUUCCAGAGAGAAAGACAAAGGGCCCAACCAGCAUUGCUGUACACAGCCUUGGCACGCUAGACUUCUGGGUAGUCAUGAACAAUUUGUAGGGUUACUCAAAUGUAAGUCGUUAAAUUGCUGACUAGGGACCAUAUCCUGUUGUUCUGGGUCAAAACUAAGGGUCUACUUCCGUUUGUUAGAGCAGAGUUUUCUAAUUAUGCCUAGGGCUAGGGGAGGGAGCAGACUAUUGAGAGAGAGACAGAGACAAAGAGACAGAGUGUCAGAGAGAGUUAGUUACUGGAUACUAUCCUGAGUGUUCUUAUCUGGUUGUGGUUUCCUGCCUCCCACACAGACACAUGGGGCACUUUCUUCAAUGUGCUUCUGCAGACCUUCCUUGGUUGCUGCCUCACAGACAGUGGGUGUGUAUUAAGGACUACAGUAACUUCAUCCUUUGUUCUAGGCUUGGUGAUUCUAUUUUUUUUUUUUUUCCUUCGUGACAAAGGUUACAUGUUGCAGUUGGAAAUAACAGUGGCUUUCACGUGGCUCCAGGUGUCUGUGACUGAGAUGAGUUUAUCAUUAAAACCAGCUGCUAAGGUUAAAUGUCCAGUGCUCUGUAAAGCAUGGUUUUUAUCUCACUGAACAACACGUGGACUUUUUUUUUUUUUUUCAGUCCUUUUUCUUUCAGACUUUAUUUUCAGGUUCUUUUUGUACUGUCCCUCCUGGGAAAAAAACAUGUUAUUACAUGGAGGCCCCAUGCCUGUUUAUGUGACCGAAAUCUGUUUAUGUUGCAGGCAGCCCACAGAUGCAGUGUCCACAUUUGCCUGUGGUGUGCACCUUGAAUUGGGAGAACAGUACCACCCGCACCCGCUUCCCGCCUGAGGGAGGCCCUGUGUCCACUUUGCUGCUCCUUGGAGCACAGACUAUUUGUACCAUAACUGGCACUUCCUUUAGUCUUUCUCUAGAAUUUUAUGCAGAACCUUUGGAAGCUUCAGGGCCAUUAAAUGUAAGCAUGACAUCAUGUACAGACAUACUUAUAUGCUCCCCAGAGGAGCACUAACAGUGUUUCUUUCCUGUUACACACCUAUGUGGGUCUCUUCGACCCUGACAGGCAAGGGUGAAGUUCCUUUUCCCUUACUGGAUGUGAGUCUGAGCUGAAACUGUCACAACUGAGGAAUGCAAAGACAGUGACUCAUGCAUUCACUCCCAGCACGCUUAAUUAAAGUCAGUUCCUGAUCUAGGGACUAGAAUUCAUGUCCCGUGUUUAGACAGCCCUAGAAGCCUGAAGACCAGUGACUUUGUUUACCUCUUUGUCCAGGUUGAUUGCCUGAGUUCAACAGUGUUAUUGGAUAGGAUCUUGGUGCUAUUGAACAGCACAGUUUGUUACAGUCACAUUAAGUGUAGUUAUUUGAGGACAGCUUUUUCCCAUGAUCCCUGAAAACAUACCCCAUGUAGGCAAGUAGACAGCAUUGGGCACUGUACUGUGAACUCAGUCAGUUCAAGGCCAAAGCAGAGUGUCCAACUACAGUGCCGGGGGGGUGCCCUUCUGGGAAGUGCUUUUCACUUCAGGGGUGGUUACAUGGCCCUCCCAUUGAAACCAGUCAAAACCAGGAAGAAUAUAAGGAAAAUAGUAUUUCAGACUUAAUAAUAUCAGUGAGUGGAGAAAAAAAAAAAAUCACAAAAGGCUCUAAAUGUUCACUGAUGGCUUGGCUUGGUCCAUUUCCCAAAUCUUAAAUGACCAAAGGGGAUGAUGAUUUGUAACUGACUUGAAGGCCGUAGAGUUUGUGGCCUGUCACAGCCCUUGGGGAGAGAAGACACGUCAUGGUCUUUACGUAAAAGGAAAGCUCAUUCUAAACCUAUGGCUUAUUGAGAUCACGUACUACAAAGGCCUAAGGAUAGCUUCUUAGGUGGCUUACACAAUCUUUAUCUUUCUUUCCAUUCAUUUCCUUGAACAGUUAGGUAGAAAUCUGAACUCCUGGCAGUACCGUAUUGAAAGGUAACAACAGUAUUUACUGUUUGUUCGUGUCCAUGUAGAAGGUUGUAUUGAAGUGACCUAUGAACACAUUCAGCACGUUCAUUUGCUGUUGUGAUGCUGUGUGUUUGGUUUUGUCUGUAGAAAAACAAGUCACGUAAACUUUUGUGAACUUGGACUUUUCCUUCCUUGAGACAAAUUAAACAAACAUUAUCUGGAACUUUCUGGCUUG